CUGAAGAAAAACUGGUUUAUUGUUAAUAGGUAUGCAUAGGUUUCACAUUCAUUUUCACCCCCGGGUUAUUGUUAUAUUCAGCUUUACAGACCUUCUGAGUUCUGGUUGUUUUUUUCCAGGUCGGGUUAAUAUUUACCUUUUAAACGACAUUCAAAUUACGAACAGCCAUAAACACAAAGAUAAGACGUGGACAGCAGAAGAAAAAAACAAGAUGUAAAGGGUUAUUUGACCAUAUAUGGAUCUUUACCUCAUCCAGGGAUACAUAAAAGCAAAGUUCUCAAAGCUGCUGUUCCACUCUGUGUGAAGCGUCCCAUACAAUUCUAUGUGCUGGUUUUCUAAGUUCUUUGCCGGGGGUUGAACUCCUUAGGUGCGGAUGAAGAAACAAAUUUUGCUUUUAUUCACAUUCAGAGGACUAGUGAGCAAAGGGAAAAAGGGUAAAAAGAGAAAAUGGCCAGUUUUAUAUUACGGAAAGCUGAACCCAGGGAUGUGUCUGAUAUGUUGCGACUCAUAAAGGAACUUGCUAAAUUUGAAGAGAUGGAGGAGAAGGUCGUGCUGAGUGAGAAAGAGCUACUUGAAGAUGGCUUUGGGGAUCACCCAUUCUACCACUGUCUGGUUGCCGAAAUUCCAAAAGAGCAGAGCUCAGGGGAGUACACUGUGAUCGCAUUUGCCAUGUACUACUUCACGUAUGACCCUUGGAUUGGAAAGCUUCUCUACUUGGAAGACUUUUAUGUCAUGCAGGAGUUCCGUGGUCUCGGCAUUGGUUCACAGAUCCUGAAGGCUCUGAGUGAGACGGCAGUGAGGACUCGCUGUAGUGGCAUGCAUUUCAUAGUAGCAGAAAACAACACAAAGUCUAUUGAGUUCUACAAGCGAAGAGGAGCAGCUGAUCUCUCCUCCUCCGAGGGCUGGCGUCUUUUUGAGAUUGAAAAGGAGGACUUGCUGAAAAUGACUGCUAAAUAGAGUUUACUGUAAAGUGACUUGUACUUCUAUUACUUAACUUGAUAGCAAUAAUCCUGUUUUGUCUGGUUAGUGAUUUGGAACAGUCCGAAUGAAUACAUUCAAAAAACACCUGUUACCUUUGAUAGCGAACGAUUUCUGCUGAUUUCACUUAAUCUGGACCCCGUGGUUGGGGACACUAAUAAUAAUUUGCAUCUUUUUGUUCUGAAUUUCUGUAUUUCUUUAUUACCAUUACACUAAAAGUGUAAAAUAAAUAAAGUGUACCUAAGAUUGAACCUUUGCUUGUUGUAAGUUACAAGACAAUAUUUAUCCCCAUGUGCCUUAGAAUCAGUGGUGGAAGUUUUCAAAGAAGUAAAAGGAAGUAAAAGUAGUAAGACCAAACUGUAAAAUACUCGACUAGAAGUAUAAUGAUUGUAUUGAAGUUAAGUUGUGUAAGUUGAAGAAGCAUUAUCCGAUGAAUG